AUGCCAGGAAAGAUAACGAGCGUCAAGAUAAAGUCAGUGGGAGCGGCGUUCGAGGAUGCGCGGGAACGGGUGGUGCCGUCGUUAGCGGUGUCGAACAGCGGCUGGUCGGAGGAGGGGGGCCACGAGCACGGCCCCCGAAAGGGCCCGGUGGAUGGUGUAGCUCGCGAGCUGCCAUCUUGCGCUCUACCCUGCUGCGAGUCGGAUGCCGGUCGACGACGGGCUGGCCCGGUCACGGUGGACGAGGGAUCGAGCGGAGGGGAAUCGAAGGGCCGCGAGGCGUUGAGGAUCGAGGAGCGAGGGGGUGGCGCGCCGCUGACCCGUGAGACGCCCGUGUUGGUCCAUCACCGGUUGCGCGAUCAGGAGGGUGCAGCGUUGGAUCUGCAUUCGGCGUUGGAGAGCGGGUCGGAGGUGGUCCGUUCGAAGCGGGACGGUUGCCCGCCGGCCGACCAGACGUUGGAGAGGAGGGUGGUGGUGUGCUCGGCGCGCGGACACAGGAUUUCGGCGGGAAGGAGCGAGCAUCACGCGCGAAGGGGCGCCGACACCGCGGCGAAUCGAUCGUGUCGGGUUCAUGGUCGAAGGAGGGACCGGCCGCGGGGAAAAGCACAGACGGAAGCACAGACGCGGCGGCCAGCGAUCGAGAGUAACGAUACGCGGGAUUUGACGUCGGACGAGUUCGAGUGUUCCGUGAUACGUUUGGAACAGGACCCGAUCCUCGAGCCGGUGAGGAUACUCGGUUGCCCGGCAAGCGAGGGGUUGGAGAUCUCCUCGUUCUUGGAGCCGGCCCCCAAUUACCACCAGGCCUACCACCAGGGGAUCAACGUCGGCCGGCUGGCGGGGAACGAGGCGGCCUGCUUCAGCCUCUACGACCCGAACAAUAUCCUGCCGAAGAACCGGGCCGGGAGCAUCGCGAAAAUCCUCGAGGGGCCUAACCGCGCCGUGAAGGACAUUAACAGGAAGGUGUUGGCGAUGGCGCGUGCCAUGACGCCGGCCUGGUCCCUGCGUUUGCUCGGCGUCAGCUGCGGUUCCGUGGUCUGCGCCUGGGGACUGUUGCUGAUACUGUCCGUGCUGGGCGGUGGCGCCUCGCACGGUACCGCCCUCGGCAGCUUCGGCCUCGGAAGUUUGUCGGGUGCGAUGGAGGACAUGAACAGUGCCAGAUGCCCGUGGUUGUGCACGUGUACCGGACAGGAGGUCGACUGCUCUCAUCGUGGCCUCACCCAGAUACCCGGGGACCUGGUCACCUUUCUCGUCGCUGAAAAACUGUAAGUUCGUUGCACUCCAUUGCUUGAUCACCUGCCUCCCCACCCACCGGUGUGUCCAACAUUUCAUUCACCCACUUUCUCUCCGAGGUCCACUCGAUUCACGAUUCCGUCUCGAUCGAACCAUUCCCCC